GUUGUGGCUAACUUUGCUAGCAUAGGAUUGUCCUCAGUUGUUCGUCUAAUCGCAUUUUUGACAUUCUUGAGUGAUUAUUAUUGCUUCAUAUUUGAUAAAUGGCUGAUUGUACGCAGGGCUACGCUAACGUUAACUAACCUGACAAAUAACAAAAUCAGAUUAAUUAGUCUCCCAGGCGUUUUGACUGUGGAGCUACACCCAUGGUUGGAAUCAUACAUGCUGAAGAACUUAAACUACCAUUGGAAGUUGGAACGCCCAAUAAAUUUUAUACAAGUUCAGUGAAACAGAAUCUACUGAGCUAGCAAACUUAAAUAAUCAUUCACAAUAUGUUUUAAAUGCCAUUGCCAUUUUAAUUGCCAAUGCAAAAGAAGGUGAGCUAGUUGCAGCUUUAACAUAGAUAUUGUACGCUCAGUGUCUAUACAGCUUUAAUAUCUCCAAUCCAAUUCAGUCCAACUUUAUUUCUAUAGCAUAUUUUAUAAGCAAGACAGUUUCCAAAGUGCUUCACAUAGCAAUGUAAAACAUUUCACUUUAAAAGUCAACAGAAUUAUGUUCCACAGCAAAAGGAACUAAUAGAAUCAAUAGAUAAAAGAAUAAUAAUAAAAUCAAUGAACAAAAAUAAUUAAAUCAAUAAAUAAAGACAGUACUAAAAAAAUAAAAUGCAUAAAAACAAUAAACAAAUAAAAAUAAAUCAAUAAAAGACACAGAGGACCACACAGCUCACACAGUAUUAAAAGACACAGAAUAAAAGUGGAUUUAAAACAAAAAUUAAAACACUCCACUAUGGGGGCUGUCCAGAAGAUGGGGGACAAAGCGUUCCAGAGCUCGGGCCAGCCACAGAGCAGACCCUGUCCCCCCUGGUUUUAAAUCUUGUCUUAGGCACCGCGAGUUGGAGCUGGCCCACGGAGCUCAGAGCAUGUGUGGGGUGUAGAUCUGGAUGAGGACCGAGAUGAAUUGUGGGGCCAAUCCAUUCUAGUAUGUCCUAUUCUGCUCAAACUGUGAGAUACAGGACACUCCCUACAACUGUACAACAACUCACCCUUAUAUAUUUCGUGAAGGUGUCAUGGGGCUGGACUCUGCUUCUCCUCACUCCCUUCGUCCUUUUGUCCAACUCUUCUUUCAGUCGUGAUGUUUCAUUCCUCACCCGUCGUCUCCUCUGUCUCCCCGUCGCCACCGCCAUCUGGUACAUUUUCACCGAAACCUUCUUCUACAUCGAGGAUGCCACCGGAUUGUGCUACCAGACCACCACCAUGGAUGGUUUAAAGGCUGAAUUCAUCACCAAAUCUACCUGCAGACGCGCCGGAUUCCACUGGUUCGGCUACGACAUCUCCGGACACUCGUUCAUUCUCACAUACUCUGCGCUGUUUAUAAUGGAGGAAAUAGCACCAAUGGGUUACUUGAAAAACGCAAACGUGUCUAGCUUUCCGCGCAUGGUUCUCAACUUCUUGUACAUAGCGUUGAAUUGUCUGGUUUUUCUCUGGGUGUGGAUGUUUUCUUGUACUUCGGUGUAUUUCCACAGCCCUUUGGAUAAGUUGUUGGGAACACUGUGUGGUUUGUUGGGUUGGUAUGGGACUUACAGACUUUGGUAUUUAAAACGAAUGUCGCCGGGACUGCCACCUCAGAGACAAACAAAGGAGCAGAAACAACGCACAUGAGCUGCUAAAACAAUUUCAGUCUCUUAUCUAUCUCAAAUAUAUUUAUAGCAUUUGAUGGUUAAAUUGCACAUGACAGGUUAGACUACGGUACGCAUUUCACCAUAACAACAGUGAGCAUCAUUAUAUAACUAUACAACAAUUAUAUUUAAGAUUUUACUGAAAACGUAGCCAGAUUUUCACUAGUUUGAACAUUUUGGUUAAGUUUAUAAUUUUACAUCCUUAAUUGCCUUAAUUCUGUCAUUCUCUAAGUGAUACCUAGCACCAUAAUGUUAACCAUAGACUGUAUAAAGAAAUGGACUAAGGAGUGUGACAUUAGCCGAUAACACUUGGCUCCAGUCAAAUGAAGCUCACUGAGGCUUGCAGUUAUAGCAGCGAAUUUUAAGCCAAGUUAUGGACAAAAUAUCUAACGGGUUAAUGCAAGCACUUUAAGACCAAAGUGAGGAGUGUGACAGCAGCAUUUACAGAGAGAGGGGCCAUGUUUUUUCACUAGAAAGUCACUUGGAGCCAGAGUUGGUGUGAGAGGUUUGCUAUGUCCGUUUAUAUAUACAGUCUAUGAUGUUAAGGGCCACCAAAUUCUUUCAAACCAAGUAAGUCAGAAAAGCAUGAAAACCUGUCAUAUGCACGUCUUAGAUUUAGAGCAGGGAUCAAUAUUGUUUUACGGGUCAGGCACAGUUUUAAAAGAAAUCUCAAGAAGAAAAUUCUGAAUUACUGAACCACAUUUUUGGUGCUAUACUGGAAUUAGUUCAUCCUAGGUAGGUCACGUGUGCCAAUAGAGAAGACACUGACAUUACAAUUUGUGCCAGUUUUUGUUUCAUGUGGAUAGGCCCAGUAAUGACAGAGGUAUGAACCAAGUCAAAAUAUCUGCAGUUUGUAUCUUUUGUUCAGUUUCAGUUUUAAACUUUAGACUUAUUAACAAAUUAUCACACUACAAGUUUUGGGUCCAUGCUGCUGUCUAACGUUUUGUUUAAAUUACGAUAAACUGGUUUUGAAGUUUAUUGUUUGCAAUGAUAAUCGGCUUUGGAAUUAUCUGUUGGUAGCUGCUCAUCAGAAAUUAAUGUUUUAAGAAUGUGUUUUGAUCAAGUCCAUGAAUUAAUAUAAUGGGGAAAAUAGUAUGUGUACAGGUUUAAUAUCAUCAAAACAAAUAAGAAACAUGAGUGUUUAUUGUGAGAGGGAAAGGGGCAGGAAGAAAAGCUGUUCAGUUUUGUCCUGAAUUUAUUGUAUACAAGUUUUACAACAAUUUUAAGCUUCUCAAAAGGAAUGUAUAAAUGUCAGAUUUUAAUAUAGAAAUUCAGUUAUUUUACGAUUGCCAUGUUUUGACAACAGAGGAAACUAAAUCUUCACAUGGUGGAGAUUUAAGUAAUAUAAAGUGACAUACUUUCUUCAUACAUAUUUAUUGUUCAUUUGUCAUGCUUUUGGUACAUAUUAGUUUGGAGAAUCUACCUUUUUCAAUGAGAAAGUAUUUAGCUCUGAAAUGUGUUGCUGCCUUGUUUUUAUUUAUUAGUUGCGUGCAUGACGAACACAGCUGGCUCAAGCACUACAUGUGGUCCAUAUCAUUCAGUUUACAUGAGGUUCGUGCCAAUACUGUACAAUACUAAAUAAACAGUGUGAUUAUUAACAAGG